GAGGGAGACGCUGCAGGUAGUCGGCAUCACUAACAGCAGCAUCAUUGCUUCCAGGAAGAAGAAGAAGAACAAGAAGAAGAAGAAGAAGAAACGUCCAAAUUAGCGCACGUGUGUCUGUCUCCCCCAAAGUGAAGCUGGAGCUUCGUCGCCAUGGGAUUGCAGUGGAAGAACACGUAACUCCCUUGAGAAAAAAGAACUCUAAACGCAUUUUCAGCCGCGGGGAUGUUGUGAAAUACCCAAGUGAAGUAUCCGCCUGGUGGAUUAUUACUAUUAUUAUUAUUAUGAUGACGAUGAUGACGAAGGCUCUCGCUACGUUUUCUCUCAGCAUCAUGACGCUGGUGCUGUCCAACUUGCACCUGUCCGCGGGCAGCAACCGGCAUGCGGUGUACUGGAACAGCUCCAACAUACUGCUUCGGAGGGAAGGCUACACGGUGCAGGUGAGCGUCAACGACUACCUGGACAUCUACUGCCCGCACUACAACACCAGCCUGCGGGGGACGCUGGAGCGCAGCGUGGCCGAGCAGUACAUCCUCUACAUGGUCAGCUACCGCGGCUACCUGACCUGCGACCCCCGGCUGGGCUUCAAGCGCUGGGAGUGCAACCGGCCACACGCGCCCCACGCGCCCAUCAAGUUCUCGGAGAAGUUCCAGCGCUACAGCGCCUUCUCGCUGGGCUACGAGUUCACCGUGGGCCAGGAGUACUACUACAUCUCCACGCCCACCCACCAUCACCAUGGCCACAGCUGCCUGAGGAUGAGAGUGUACGUCUGCUGCUCCACGGUCUCCCAAGCGGACGACGACUCCAGCCAGACUUCCACCGCCUACACAGUGAGGCCUAGUAUCAAAAUACACAACAUCGAUGAGUUUAACCCCGAAGUUCCCAAGCUGGAGAAGAGCGUGAGCGGCAGCAGCCCGUCCCGUGACCGCCUCCUCCUCACCGUGGCUGCCAUGCUGCUGGUCGGCGCCCCCCUCCUGUCCUAGCGACGCCACUCGGACCACGCCUUUUGGUCCAAAGGGCUUCACCGGGACGUCAAACCAACAAGAAGACCAAUGAUUGGAUUAAAAAAAACAACAAGUUGGAGAGGCCUUUUUUAUUGUUUGCUUUACACCGUUUGUCACAUGAUCAUUCCAAGCAUCAUGUGACCACAUGCAGACUCCCGUCCAGGAAGUCAUUGUCAAUCAAACUGAUGACGCAAUUGUAGCAUCGGGACGGAGUAGGGAUGUUGAACUUUUCAAUAAAACGGACCGUCGGACGCUUUUGUCCAGGACCGUAAAGAAUGUGCUCGCUGACUUCAGACGUUUAAAGGAGGCCUUUCCUCGACAUCCAUGUUCCUCUUCCUCCUCCUCCUCCUUUUCCUCCUUCUCUCUGUGGAUAUAUUUAGUUCCUUAGAGGAUAGCGAGCGCUGUCUUAGUCCUUUCCGCCUGUUUCCUGCCUUCACAACUCAACACCACAAAGACCUUGAUGGCACCAGUGCUACCUAGCUCCUCUUGCUACUCGCUACCUGGUCCAUCCCCUUCAAGGAACGUCCAUCCUUCAUCUUGACAUCCUUCUUCUCCUACCAGACAACCUCGUCUUAGUCCUGCCAAUCAACGAGUGCUAGGGACGCAACGCAAAGGACCAAAAGGAGUUUUAUUACCAGGAUAACCUCAUAAUAUGAAGGGAAUAACACAAUGACAAUACAUUCGGAAUAUUAUGUGAAAAUAGUGACAUUUUUUCAUGAGUGGAAUCAUAAUUUUUCUCCUAAAAGUUGUCAUUUUAGUUUUUUUGUAAUUUUAGGAUUCAAAUGUAAUUGAAGUAAAAAAGGAAAUAAUCAUUUUGCAAGAAAUAGCUUUCAUUUUCAUCAUCAAAAUUAAAUUUCCAGAAAAAAGUAAAAUUUUAAAUGUAAUAAGGGGAAAAAUCGUAUUUUGCAAGAUUUUUUAAAAUUCAAUUUAAUUUUUAUUGUAAUUUAUUUAUUUAUUUUUUAGUUUUUUAAUAUUAAAAUUUAAUUUCAAUUUAUUAUUACAAUUGAAAUAAAGUACUAUUCUGCAAGAAAAACAUUUAAUUUAAAAAUGUAAUUCGUAAAUGCUAAAAAUGUAAUUUUAGUAUUAAAAUGUGAGAUAUUUAAAAUAAUAUAUAUAUAUAUACAUAUAAUAUUAUAAAUAUUAAAAUUGUCAUUCUUCACAAUAUUUUCACAAUAUUUACAACUUUUUUUCUACUAAAUUUUCGACUUCAUUCACAUAAUAUUCCGAAUUUUUGUCUUGCACAUUUACAACUUAUUUCUCCUAAAUUUAAAACUUUUUUCCGUAGAUUUACAACAUUAUUCUCAAUCUCUCUUUUUUUUUAUUAAAAAAAAAUAAUUCCUGUGGCCCUAAUAGUCUGUCGUCCUUUUGAACGUGUCCCUAGUAUACUCCACAUAAUACCUGCCUACCGAGGCGUCCGGCCAAUCAGCCGAUGGCCGGUUGCCAUGGAAAUGAGCCCAUGCAGUGCAGACGGUGCCUGAGGAGAUUGUUGCUUUUUUUUGUUUGGACUGUUGUGAGAAUGUGCAAAAAAAAACAAAAAAACAAAAACAAGCUCACUUUUUGAUAUUGUCUUACAAGAUGACUUUGCAUCAG